GAAUACAGGUGAUGUUUAAGAAAAGAAAGAGAGAAGAAAAUGUUUAAAAAAAAAUAAUUGAAUUAGCAUCUAAAAUAGGCAGAGAAAAUGGAGACGGUAAUGGAAGAUGAAGAAUACAACUACAGAGAAGUGAAACUUCCGUCUCUGAUUCCGGUGGCGCCGGAGCCGGAGUUGGAGAGGGAAACAGGGGAAAGGAGAAGAGGAAGAGACGUAAUCAUAGCCAUAGAUCAUGGCCCCAACAGCAAACACGCUUUCGAUUGGACUCUCGUUCACUUUUGUAGGCUGGCUGAUACUAUUCAUCUCGUUCACGCCGUUACCGAUUUGAAGAACCAAAUUCUCUAUGACACAAGCCAGGGGCUGAUGGAGAAAUUGGCUGUUGAGGCUUUUCAAGUAGCAAUGGUGAAAACAGUAGCCAGGGUUGUGGAAGGGGAUCCAGGAAAAGUAAUUUGCCAGGAAGCAGAGAGGAUCAAACCUGCAGCUGUAGUUUUGGGAAGCAGAGGCAGAGGCUUCAUUCAAAGUGUGCUACAGGGAAGUGUUGGAGUGUACUGCUUGCACCACUGUAAAGCAGCACCUAUUGUAAUUGUUCCUGGAAAAGAUGCUGGAGACGAGUCAAUAGUCUAGUUAGUUACUGCUGGAAUUUUGUUGUAAAAUACUGUGUUAUGUAUAUCGUCUUUCGUUUUACCAUGUAUCUAACAUCAGUGCGGAGAUCAAGAAAAGCAAAAAAAAAAAAAAAGAAUCACAUGCUGUGGUUUGUUACAUGUUUUCUGGAAAGUUGCCAUUAAUUAGUUGCUUAUGUUUUCAUAUUUGAAAAUCUUUACCUGUAUCUUAAUGAACAAAUAAAGAAUUUGUUGUUAGUUGUUUA